AUGGCGUUGAACUCUUCUGUAUAUCUCUCCUAUCUCUCAAACCUUACCGACUAUUCCUACGACUACUCAGAGGACAUUCAUAACGAUUACCUGUCCUUCAUUAAGGACACAAACAGAACGUUUGAAGUCGAUUUCGUCAACGACACCUUGCCUCCGGAGGGUAAAGACAUCCCAGCCCGCGUGACGUUAGCCUUCGUGUAUUUCCUGAUCCUGUUGGUAUGUGGGGUGGGGAAUGCGCUGCUACUUUUAGUCCUGUACAAGUAUCAGCAGACCAGAGGUUCGACCAAUCUCCUGAUCGCCAAUCUCGCGUUGUCAGACCUGAUCGUAGCCGUGCUGUGCAUUCCCUUCAACAUGGAUUAUUUCGUCUUCAAGAUGCGCGGCUGGACUCACGGCAGUUUCAUGUGCGCCACAGUGAACUACGUGCGGAUGGUGAGCCUGUACGUGUCCACUAACGCUCUGCUCGUCAUCACUGUGGAGAGGUACAUAGUGAUUGUGCAUGAGAUCCAGCGGCGAAUCAGCAGGAAGGGUGUGUGCAUGGUGUCCGGUCUGGUGUGGCUGGUUUCCAUGGUGAUAGCCGUCCCCUCCGCCAUGUACUCCCGGGUCGUGUCCUACGACCACCGAGACGGCGCGAUCUGCGGGCAGAUCUGGCCAGUCUCGCUGGAAAGCACGUCCCAGGGGUACUACGUGUUCGUGGUGGUCGUACAGUUUGUACUUCCGGUCUGCAUCAUGUGUUUCUGCUACUUCCGGGUCAUCUGGAAGGUUUGGCGCAGGCGCUUCCCGGGACAGAUCUCCAGGGCGCAGCGCCGCACUCACCGCAGGUCCAAGGUUAAGACCAUGCGGCUGGUCAUCAUGCUCCUGACGUUCAUCCUGUGCUGGGGGCCUUACUACGCCUACACUAUCAUCCGGGACUUCUUCCCGGCCCUCAGCCUACAGAUGAACAAGACCGUCACCGUUUUCUACGUAGUGGAGGCGGUUGCCAUGGUGAACAGCGUCAUCAAUACGUGCGUAUACGUGGCCUUCAACGACAACAUCCUCAAGUACAUCCGCAAGAUGCUGCCCUUCGGGACGGGUGUACAGACAUCGAUCGUGAGCGAGAGCACCCUACCAAGAGGCAGCCGAACUGCACGUAACCGGCAGACGGUUGUCAGCAGCAGGCGGGGAACCGUCGUUACUGUGAAGAGGGCGAGGACCCAGACUCCAUAGUAACGACGUAUUCUAUUGCCCCUAUUUCUAGUGAUGAUCUGUUUUCUGAUCGUCAAACAUGUUCAAAAG